UGCAAGCUCAACCAAAGAUGCCGCGUCCUCGCUGCUAUUUCGACGUGACCGCCAACGGCAAUCAAAUUGGACGGAUUGUCUUUGAAUUGUUUACCGAUGUUUGUCCGAAAACGUGUGAGAACUUUAGAUGUCUUUGUACAGGUGAGAAGGGACAGGGAGAGACGACGUCGAAGCCCCUGCAUUAUCGUGGAACGAAGUUUCAUAGAGUUAUUAAGGGUUUUAUGGUACAGAGUGGUGACUUCAGUAAAGGGACGGGAACGGGAGGAGAAUCGAUCUAUGGUGGAACAUUUGAAGAUGAAAAUUUUGAGUUAAAGCAUGACAACAAGUUUUUACUCUCAAUGGCUAAUCGUGGACCAAACACGAAUGGGUCACAGUUUUUCAUAACAACAGUUCCGUGUCCUCAUUUGGAUGGAAAACAUGUUGUCUUUGGUCGAGUGGUAGACGGGAAAGACGUGGUGACUGUCAUAGAAAACCAGGACGUAGAUGGGCAGAGCAAGCCGAAAGGAGUCAUUCUUAUUUCAAACUGUGGAGAGCUUGUAUACUUGAAGCCGAAGAAUGAUGCUCGGAGUAGCAAAAAGAUGCCAGCCAUUUCUGAUAUUUCUUCCAAUAGCAGCUCGUCAGGAUCAAGUUCUGACUCGGAUGAAUCAUCGAGUGAAGACGAGAAGAAAAAGAAAGAAAAGAAGAAACGAAAGCUGAAGAAGAAACGGAAAGCAAAGAAAAAAUCAAAGAAGGCAAAGAAUAAAAAACUCAAAAAUACUGAGAGUGAGUCUGAAGACGAAGGCAAUGAAGAGGUAGAAGAUGUUGACGAAGUAGAGGAGGUACAGGAGGAAGAGGAGGAGGAGGAGGAGGUUACCAACGUGAUGCCACCAGAGGAGCCACAAAGAACAUCUUGGCUGUAUCGAUAUAGCAAAAGUCCAAGUCCCAAUGAAGGACAAACCAGAAGAAAUGUUGUUAGUUCUGGGUCACGUGAGUUGAAGUCCAAGAAUGGAUGGAUUUCUAAAUCGGGCAGGAAGCUCAAGGGAAGAGGGAGAAUGUUGUACCGUACUCCACCUCCUGAAGAUGGUGGCGACGAUCGCAGCACCGAAAGACGGGACACAAGCGAGACGGUUUUUCGCAGACUCGAUGAGCGACGUCGACGACGCAGCCCAGACCGACGGCAGGAUCGAGGAGCCGGAGUGCGAGACAGAGACGAACCGAGUCGCCGCCGCUCUCGCUCUCGGAGUCCUCGAAGAGAGAGACACAGCGACAGGAGGGACGAUUCUAUACGCUAUGGAAGGAGUGAGGACCGUGAAAGACAGCGUUCUAGUCAAGAUCGUGCCCGAAAUGGUCGGUUCCGGUCCAGGUCGAGGUCCCGUUCCCGGUCUACAAAUCGGAAGAGACAUGAAGUACAAGCUACCUUGUCUGCAGAUCGGAAACAUUCUGAGGACCGUCAGGUUGUCUCCAGAGUCCAUGCAGGAACUGAUCUGAAACAGUCUGCUUCUCCAAGUCCAAAACGGAAAUCCGGACGAGUAUCGAGGUGGGACCGUCAGCCGAUCGAGGCAACAGUGGAUGUGGCUGAGACUGCAGGGGAAGUUUCAAUUGGGAAGAGAGUCGGAUCAAGCAGCAGCGAUCAGGACCAAGUGGACGAAAGCAGUCAGCCUGUGAGGAGACGAAGACAAAGGUGGGAUGAAAAGAAGGGAUGAGAGGAAAGGUGCAAGUAUACUACGGGUACGUCCUUGGGUUUGUGUGUGAUAUUAGCAUGUUGAACGAAUGAUAAUGUUGCAAUCCACUCUGCAUGUCCAAUUAAUGCUUUUGCCCCAUCGAAACUGUUUGAUGUAUUAGAGAUAUUGAUAUUAAGCUGUAGCUAGUCUGCAACAACCAA